UCAUCACGGCCAGUCAGGUGUGCGUCGUGCGUCCGGAGCUCACCUUUGCACCCGCUACAAGAAUCUUUCAACUUCAACGCUUUUCUUACUUAGCGUACACACCGCGCAAAUCGAAAAGCAAUCAGUGUUUGAUUUUGUGAUUUUAACAUGAAUUUAACUAUAACAAAGUGAAUUUAAUACGAAAAAGUGUCGCGAAUAAUUUUUUAAUAUUUUUAAAUAAAUAAAUAAUUUAAAAUAUAGGAUAUGUGGCUUGGACAGAUAAAUACACUUCAUGUUUAAAACAAGUUUCAAGUGUUUCGUUGCAUCUACAUUCAUUUGAUCUUCACGAUCGUCACAAAAAAGAAUGCCACGUUUAUCGGUUCUGACGGCUUACAAUCGUGGCGGGCGAAGUAAUUCGCCACUUCGAUCACCGCAAUCUUCUCCGUCGAGUAGUCCAUGCUCUGAUGAGGGCGCAGCAUCACAAAAUAAUAAUCGUCACAGUGCGUUUUCUCUAGUCUCACCCAGGUAUCUCCAUCCAAAGGAUUACAUUUCAAUGAGAGAAAUGGGUGCAUGGAUGUAUAACAACCCUCUAGCACCACUAGGCUACCCACCAUACUUCUGGCCACAGUUUCCAGGCCUCUUUCUACCUUAUACCGCCUCGGCAGCCAUGACACGUCCGGCUGAAUCCGUUAGUCCGGACAACAACAAUUGUGUGCGCGACACCACCAUUCUUGAGAGUGCCACACCUGAAAACAUCAAAACAGAAGAAGACGCACCGUUGAAUCUUUCGAUGAAGGGGCGCACGCGCACCCAGAGCAUCUGGUCGCCGGGGAGUUUGUGUGAGCAGGAGAUGAAGAUUAUCGACAUGAAGCCGGAAUUUAGCGAUGAUGCCACCACCGUCAUCCGGUAUGGCAAACAUCAUCAUUCUGCCGAGAAUCGGUGGACAUGGGAUGGUGACAAGGAAGUGCAAACCAAGAUGGCGACAACCGUAGGACCCACAGGGGAGAAAUCUUUUACGUGUCAGCAAUGCGGAAAAUCCUUCAAGCGUUCGUCGACGCUCUCCACACAUCUGCUCAUUCACUCCGACACGCGGCCAUAUCCGUGUCAGUUUUGCGGAAAACGUUUCCAUCAAAAGUCCGACAUGAAGAAACACACCUACAUUCAUACAGGUGAAAAACCACAUAAAUGUGUCGUCUGCGCAAAAGCCUUCAGUCAAUCAUCGAAUCUGAUAACGCACAUGCGAAAACACACCGGCUACAAACCGUUCUCGUGCGGCUUAUGUGAGAAGGCGUUCCAACGCAAAGUGGAUCUACGCCGGCAUCGUGAGAGUCAGCAUCCGACUGCCGCCACGCCGCCCCAAUCACAGCACGACGCCACUCCCGCGGCCACCGCCGCGAUAAUAAACGUGCGCGCGCAUGAUAUCGCCGCCCUCACCACACUACCAUCACCCAUCAAUAACAACAACAACCAGAAAUCUUCAAACGUGAAAUUAGAAUGGAUGCAAGUCGAUGAUAUCAAAGAGGAAGUCACCAGCAGUAGUUAAACGUGUGUAAGAUGUUGAUUAGUGUAUAUUCGUCGCCAUUAUAUUUACCGUGCCAUUUUGGAGAGUCAAGCAAGUCAACAACAUGCAACCCGUGUAAAUAUCGUGCCAUCGUAUACAAUUUGCUAAUGAGAAUUAACAAACAGUGCGUUAAUAUUGAUAAAAAUUAGUAUUAACAAUCACCGUACAUGGAAGAUGAGUUUUUGUGCCGUCCAGUUUCACAUGGUACCUAAUUGUGAGAAUGUUAAAUUUUGAAAAUUUUUAAUAUUAAGCGCUAAACGCUAAAAAACACGACAAUUAGUUGAUAUUUAUGAAUUUAAGGCCUAGCAUUUUAUUAAAUAGUAUAAAACGAAAACGUAGUCGUUUUAGGCAGACCAAAGUAAUUGUUGCGCUUUCACAAGUCGUGCCUUUUUAAAGGGGACCAACGUAGGUAUUAUUAACAAUGUUAACUUAUGAUUAAAUAAUUGUAAACAAUUGGGACCAGUGGACCAGUCUAGUCUAGCUCUAAGUAAAAAAAAUUAAAAACAAAAAAUAAAAAAUUAAAUAACGAUUCUUCAAACACCAAGCACGAAUCGAUAAACAUCGAAUGAGUUACAAGUACGAGGUGCAAAUAUGUAAAUUACCUGUAAAAAUGAAUAAUUUUAAAAAUUUCGCAAAAAUUUCACGCACUUUCAAGCAGAAAACUGUAAAUAUUUGCACUCGACACUCGGUUUUCGUAGAUCUUUGACUAAAAAAUAUUUCGUUUGGUAAAUGCCACUUAAUUAGUUUAAUUGACUGUGUAUUGUCAAAGAGCCUCUACGAAAACUUCAUACAGCUAAAAACAACCAAAGAUUAUAUAUUUAUUACGAUAAUGAAUGUUUUGUACAUAAGUUAUGAAUUUAGGUCGUUAAGCAGCCGCGCACAGCUGGCGUCUCUUAAUUAAUUGAUUAAAUAAUUAAUUAAUUUUGUAAUUAAAUUUUGUGCAUAUUUCAUGCGUUUGCGCCUUCUGUAGAUACCUUGGGUAUUUUUUGUUUCCGUUUUUUUUGCUCUUUACUUUGUAAUCACUAUCAGUGCGCCGCCAUAUUGUACCCGUAAUUCAUGUUACUUCAUGUCAUGUACUCUAUUAUGUCAUAAUUCUCCUAUUUGCCAUAUUGAAUUGAAUUUGUCUCAAUAAAUAUGAUGAAACAAUAAAAA